AUGUACCGUCGUUCAGUACUCCGUGUACUGCCCAUACUGUUAUUCCUUAGCUCAGGGUGUUGUAGACAAGUAGAAUAUCCAGCUCAGUUGGACAACGUCACCGAUAUACUUAAGACGAUACUAGAAGAUUAUGAUAUACGAUUGCGCCCAAACUUUGGCGGUGAACCUUUGUACAUUGGUAUGGAUAUGGUCAUCGCAAGUUUUGACAGUAUAUCAGAAGUCAAUAUGGAUUAUACAUUAACAUUGUAUUUAAAUCAAUUUUGGAAGGAUGAAAGAUUAACUUUUAGCCAAGAAAAUUAUGAGUUAACUUUAUCUGGAGAUUUUGCUGAAAAAAUUUGGGUUCCUGAUACUUUUUUUGCAAAUGAUAAAAAUUCCUUUUUACAUGAAGUUACAGAAAAGAAUAAAAUGGUGCGAUUAAGGUCCAAUGGAGAAAUUGCGUAUGGUAUGAGAUUCACUACAACGCUAGCAUGCAUGAUGGAUCUUCAUUAUUAUCCUCUAGAUACGCAGAACUGUACUGUAGAGAUAGAGAGCUAUGGGUAUACCGUGCUUGAUGUUGUUAUGUACUGGACACAAACACCUGUUGUUGGUGUAGAAGAUGCUGAACUACCACAGUUUUCUAUAAUUAAAUAUGAAACUACAAAUAGAAUGGAAAAAUUAGCUACAGGAACGUAUCAGCGAUUAUCAUUGAGCUUUGAACUGAAGAGAAAUAUUGGAUAUUUCAUCUUCCAAACAUAUUUGCCGUCCAUACUUAUAGUUAUGUUGUCUUGGGUAUCUUUUUGGAUAAAUCACGAAGCUACAUCAGCUCGCGUCGCUCUUGGUAUAACCACAGUGUUGACCAUGACCACCAUAAGCACUGGAGUGCGUUCGUCGCUUCCUCGUAUUUCUUACGUCAAAGCUAUCGAUAUUUACCUAGUGAUGUGUUUCGUGUUUGUUUUUGCUGCGCUGCUGGAGUAUGCUGCAGUGAAUUACACUUACUGGGGCGCAAGAGCGAAGAAGAAAACAAAGAAAGAUAACAAAUCCAACGAUACGGUAUGCCCGAAUGAAGAAAUCAUAGAACUGCAAGACGUACGGAUGUCUCCAAUUCCUUGUUUGCGGAAAAGGAAGUCACUGAGCAAUGCUGCCAGUGAAACGGAAGCCAUAUUUCCUCCAUCUCUGCGAAUGAGCAAUUUGUCUUUACGCGCCCCGUAUAGUCCCAGAGUUCCUAGCGGCAUCGGGCGCAGAAAUCGCAUGGAAUAUGGCCGUAAGCCAAAGGUUAUCCAAGCUCUGAAAAAACGAGCUAACGCUCUGAAGGCCUCCGUACCACGCAUUAAAGAUGUCAACAAAAUAGACAAAUACUCCCGAGUUAUAUUUCCGGUCUCGUAUUUGAUCUUCAAUGCUAUCUAUUGGUGCUUUUAUUUAUUCUGAGCGAUUGCUGUUUGAGGGGUUAUUUGAUGUUCAAGAAAGACGAAGGGAAAAUUUAGUUUUGUGUUUCAGUAUUUGAUUAGAAAGCUGACAUGAUUGAAUGCAAAGUCAUUUGAUGCAGUUAUUGUUGAAGAAAAACGAUUACCUUGUGGCAUUAUAACUGAUUUGUUUUACAAAAGGAAAUUGAACGUUUUUUUAGGUUCAAGCAUAACUACUUCAAACAUAAAAGGAGAAAAAAAAACUUUUCCUCUCAUGGAGAAUAUUUUUUCGUCCAGAGAAGAAGAUUGAAUAUUUGAAAAUUAAUUUAUAAUUACGAGGAGUACAAAAAUCAUACCAAUGUUCAAAAUUGAGUGAUUUAAUUGUUGUUGAAAAAACUUCAUGGUGGAGUAUGUAAUUAGUAAAAGUUCUUGAGAAACAAAAAUGUACGU